UGUGUUACCCCAAUAUUUUCAAAUUCAGCACUGCUGCUACAGAACAUGGCUGCAAGCAUGAAAAAAGUCGUUGCUGCAUUCAAAUUAACAAUGAAGGAAAGGCAUUUAAACUUCGAGUCAAGGAGUGUGGAUUGUUUCUAAACUAGCAGCAUCCAUGGUUGCAUGCCACACCAAAUUUUCUCUGCAGCUGUGACUGUUGUGAAAGGGGUAUGGGGAGAUCAAGUACCCUUACAGGAUUUGGAUUUUCAAAAAUACUUUACUGAACAAGGAAUUGUGGAACGAUCUGCUGUGUUCUAUCGGAAAUAUUGA